CAUCCCAACAUUUGGCGCUUUGGGUACCGGUCCCUGUAGCUUUGGGGGGCACAAUUCUUGUCGCGGUGCACUGACUCAGCUACCGGGGCUCAAGCUGCAAGAAGCAGUCGAGCCCACCUCCAAGCGCCUCCGCUGGGCUCAGGCAUGGCCUGUUUCUCAUCCCUUCGAUGGCGCGCGAGCCGGGCACAGGUGAUGCCCGAGCAAGUCCCGGAAUCCGCCUUUCGUGUCCGUUUGGAGGUGGAGCUACUCAAGGAAGAGACAUGGCGGGGCUGGGGGAUCGUGGUGUCCAGCGAUGAGGCCAUUCAGGAGCUGGUGAUCGUUGCCAUCCAGCAAUCCUCAACAGUGAAAAACUGGAACCUGGAGCAUCCUGAGUGUCCCAUCGAAGUGGGCCAAGCGAUCCUGGAGGUGAAUGGAAAGACCCAGCGGAACGAGAUGCUGCAGGAGCUUUGGGACGAAAAGGAUGGGAAGGAUGGGAAGGAAGGGAAGGUGUCUUUAGAGAUGCUGCUCGAUGUACAGCUGACCCCGCGGCAGAGAAGCUUCUUCAAAGGUGCCAUCCAGAGAUAUGACGCAGUGGGUGACUUCCUCGAGUCGGCCCACCUUUCUCACGAUCUAUGCGUGGCGGAGCCAUGUCCAAUUUGCCAUGACCCAGUCCAUGGGAGCUCUGAUGUAGUUCGAUUGCCCUGCGGCCAUCAUUUCCACAAACACUGCGCGUUCAAGUGGUUUGUGUCCCAAAGGAAGUUUCGUUGUCCCACCUGUAACAACCUCCUGGGAGGAUGGAGCUAAAUCCUGAACCCCGAGGUUGUGUGCCACUUUUGGGCUCCAGUUGCUUUGCCAAGGGGCCUAGCACGGAGACCAAAAAUGGGCUGAGAUGAUCAUGCGGAUUGAAGCUGGUCAUUUCACGCUUCUUGCUCGGGCCAAACGAUUCGCACGGUUCGAAAUGGUUUGAAUAUGUUUGAAUUUGCAUGUGUUCUCCCAGAUUCUAUCGUGGUGUCGUUUGACUUGGCCCAGCCCCUGGGAUUAAAGCAUUAACAUGUUGGCUGAAUCCUUUGGUUUUUGGCCAAAUUCUUUGGAGUGGUCCUGGAAACACUCAAGAAGGCGCGUGCCACCUUGAAGACUAAGUAGGCUCAAGGAUUCAUGGCCGCCACGUGGCCUGUGGCCUUGAUGUACUUUAGUUUUGCCAUGUCAUGACUCCAGUGGCUUGGUCAGAAGGCCUUGCCCGGAGAUAUUAUGACCGUACAGAUUUGUGAUAGGUCAUUUGAUGCAAAAUGGCUACCGGAUCACAUAUUCCAUAUGACAUAUUUAUGACAUAUUGAC